GGAAGAGAGCCUUUCCCAAGCUGGAGGAGAAGGUGGGACAGCUGGAGAGGGCCUGCCGUGUGAAGGGCAGGCUGAAAGCCGGCUCCGAGAUGAACCUCCUGGCCAUCGGGAAGUCACUGAAGGGCCACAUCGCUGCCACCGCCAGCUCGGCCGGCUCCGAGGGAUCAUUCCUCAGGCCGCUGCUGAAACGCACCACGUCGGCGAGGAGCGCCCUGAAACCGCCCCCGUCACCCGUCAUCGUGGAGAAGGGGAACGUGAGGCAGAAGAUGAAGACGGAGCUGCCGGAGCGGGAGUGUCCCGGCUGCGCGUGGAUCGUGCAGGACCGGCCUGGAUUCAGCCUGGAAUCUGACUUUUAUCCGUCCAACGAGAGCAUCCCGGCCAGGCAGACGGACAUUCCCUGGCGCCUCAAGCAGAUGUUGGAUAUCCUGGUGUACGAGGAGAAGCAGCAGCCGGCGGGGGAGACGGGGCCGUGCCUCGAGUACCUGCUCCAGCACAAGCUCCUGGAGACACUGGGCACGCUGGGAAAGGCCGAGUAUCCCCCCGGGAUGAGGCAGCAGGUCCUGCUGUUCUUCAGCCGGGUGCUGGGGCAGGUCCAGCACCCCCUCCUGCACUACCUCAACGUGCACAGGCCGGUGCAGAAGCUGCUCCAGCUCAGCAGCGGCCGCCUGGGCUCGGGCACGGAGAAGGAGGAGGUGCAGUUCGCCGCUGUCCUCUGCUCCAAGAUCCAGCAGGAUCCCAGCCUGCUGCCGUAUAUCCUGGAGGGAAAGAGCGUCCUGAACGGGAGGAGAGCCCAGGAGCUGCCGGACAGCCCCAGGGAGGAGGGUGUGGAGCAUCCCCCGGGCACCACUGCCAGCUGCCCCCCGGCCCAGCCCUGCCCACCACAGAGGGACAGCAACCUCGUCACCGCCCUGGUGGGGCUGUGCAGGAGCAAGAAGAGCCGUGUGGCGCUGAAGGCUCGGGAGAACCUGCUGGUGCUGGCAGGGCUGGCCCAGGAGGCGCUCAGCUUGCCGGGCUCCGCGUAG